AUGUUAGAAAAAAAGUUUGCUGACAUUGACAAGAAAUUUGAGAAUGUUUUAAACAAGAACAAGAGGAAGUUAGAAAAUGCUCAGAUAAAACCCAUACAUGACAAGUUCUUAUUUGCUCAGAAUGGUAUAACAGGUCUAAUUGCACCACCUGGGUCGGGUAAGACUUUCACUUAUCUUAAAAUGGCUGCACAACAACAAGAACUAGAUGAGAAGAACCCAUUCUAUGAGUUAGUUGUUAUUUGUAGUACUUCUGGUCAAUUUGACCAAACCGUCAAUUCGUUCAAAGAUAUUAUAAAGAAGUCUAAGUUAGUAUGUAUAAAGGAUACUGAGUUGUUAGAUUGGAUAAAGAAGUACCAAAGAAGGGUUUUGAAGUACAAUGCUAUAAAUGAGUAUAUAAAUUCGAAGUUUAAAGACCCAAAUGAGGAAAUGCAGAGAAUAUUAGAGAAGAAACACUUCAGAAACAAACAGAAAGAGAUAGAAUACAUUUCGAAGAAAUUGCAAUCUUACGAUUGGAAGACUUACCCUCAUAGAUGUCUUCUUAUCUUAGAUGACUUUGCUUCUCAUCCUUUGCUUAAGAAUAGAGAACAAGAUAUGUGUCGAAUUCUUAAGAAACUUAGGCACUUUAACAUUUCAGUCGUAA